AUGUGAACAGUGUUUAUUCUUGUUUAAAUAAAUGCAUUGACAUUGUGAUUAAAAGAACACUAACAAAUAGAGUGAACGACCAGGCUGUGCCUGUGCUGAAAGUUGGGGCGACUGUUGGACAGAAUUGGACAGACCAGACGGGGGUUCGGUGUAUUUGGGGUGUUGAAAACCAUGCAGAUUGACACAAAACGCAUUGAGCUGGCCAUUUGAACCUCGAAAGUUGUUGUUUUCUUGUUCAACAAUGACCUAGUCUGGUGGGUUAAAUAGUGAAAUCGCGAACUCGGGCUGCAAUGUGACAGUGAAUGCGAGCUAAAUGUACCUCAUUGACCUGGACCUACCUUACGUGAUGAUUGGGGGACCGAAAUGGGGUGCCGUGGUCUGAAAAGACCAUGACAUCUCGACCAACACUGGCCAUUGUCGAAGAGCAGGAAACGUUCGCCCCACACCUUAACCUUACUGUACAGUGUUUGGUUCGGCCUGAAGAGGCUGAUAAUUUGGGGGCAUCUGGGGGGCUUGCGUCGACGUCACUCAGCACUGGAAGAGGGAAAAAUCGCGCCAGGAAAUCGGGAACAUCUGCAGGGAGUCUCAGCGACAGCUCGUCCAGUGUCAAAAGACAGGAAUCUUCUCCAACUUUGACGCUCAUAUCGUCAAAGGGCUCCGCUGAUUCAAAUUAUUCUCAGCCUUCAUCGGACCUGUCGUUGGACGAGGAGAAGGAAAACCUGCGGAGGGAGAAGGAACGGGCAGCUCUUAGUCAGUUGGAAAAAGCAAGAACCAGGUCGGUAGCAUUUUCUGUUAGGACUAACGUCGCAUACGAUGGAAGUCUUGACGACGAUUCACCAGUUCAUGGAUACGCCAUUUCCUUCGAAGUUAGGGAUUUUUUGCACAUUAAGGAAAAGUACGAUAACAAUUGGUGGAUCGGGCGUCUGGUGAAAGAAGGCUGUGACAUUGGUUUCAUUCCAUCGCCGGUGAAACUUGAGAAUCUCAGGCAACAGCAAGUCCAAACAAGAACCACCAAACUCUACUCGAGCAAAACUAGUUCCAGUUCGAACAUUGGCGCAACGGGUAACGAUGCUUCGAGAGGUAGCACUCCUCCUACACCCGGUGAUGAGUCCGACUCAAUGGGAAAUCCUAGAGGCAAAUCGCUCACCACUCCGCCAGCUAAGGAAAAGAAAAAGGCUUUUUUUAAGAAACAAGAAACGACAGCGCCAUACGACGUGGUUCCUUCAAUGAGACCUGUUGUUCUGGUGGGCCCCUCUUUGAAGGGCUACGAAGUCACUGAUAUGAUGCAGAAAGCUUUAUUCGAUUUUUUAAAGCACAGAUUUGAAGGAAGGAUAAUUAUUACCAGGGUAAUGGCAGAUAUCUCUCUAGCUAAGCGAUCUCUUCUCAACAACCCGUCGAAGCGGGCGAUUAUGGAACGAUCGGCUAGUCGUUCCACGUGUCUCAAUGAGGUCCAAGCGGAAAUUGAACGGAUAUUUGAGCUAGCCACCACCAUGCAACUGGUCGUGCUGGAUUGUGAUACAAUAAACCAUCCUUCACAACUUGCCAAAACUUCACUAGCUCCCUGUAUUGUUUAUCUCAAAAUUUCUAGUCCCAAGGUUUUACAAAGGUUGAUAAAAUCAAGAGGAAAAAGUCAAGUCCGGCACCUCAACGUUCAAAUGGUGGCAGCCGAGAAACUAGCUCAAUGUCCUGCAGAAAUGUUCGACGUUAUUUUAGAUGAAAACCAAUUGGAGGAUGCAUGCGAGCACAUAGCAGAGUAUUUAGAGGCCUAUUGGAGAGCCACGCAUCCUGAAAUACCGAAUGUACAAAGAGCUAUUGCUGCAUCACCACAAGCCUCACCAAGUGGUGAUCAGGGUCGUCCCACUUUACCAGUGGACCAUGACGUAUACGGAUUACACCAUGAUUCUAGAGCCCAUACGUUUCACACGGCUCAUGCAAGAAGUGCACGAGCCCGUUUAGAAAGGGAACGCGAGUAUGAUGAAUAUUCCGAAAAAGACCAUCUAAAUAUGCAUCCAUCGGUUCACCAUCUGCCGCCCGAUGAUUAUCGGGAGCGGCCUUUGGACAGGGUUCCAUCACGGCACUUGAGAAGUCGAGAAGAAAUGGAUUUUCCAUCAUCACAUAAAAGCACAUCCAGAAAAGCGUUGAACGCUAUAUAGUGGAGGCUCUCUACGGAGCAACCCAUUGAAGAAGAACUUCAGGACGAGAUUCCUGCUGGCGCAAGAGAAGUGUACUAUAAGCCCCAAAUUCCUAAAGCGUAUAGAGAUGACAGACUGUUAAGCUAUGAGGAUUCAUUUGACCGACCAAGGCGGGAGGAGGAUGGCAGGUAUUCUGGUAGAAAACUGGAGCCGUUUCCAGAAGAAGGCCCAUCCAGGCAUGAGAGCACUGGUGCCACCAGACGAUACCCGGAAGAUCGACAGCCUACAUCUGCUUUGGAAAAAAGUAAACACGAGGGCCGGAAUUACAGGAAGGAAUUGUUGGAGAGGUUUGGCGCUAUGGAGUUGGAUGAUCGUCCCGAAUUCACAGGACCUCAAAGGUAUUACGAGUAAAUUUAUCGGUUGGUUAAUGUUAUGUAAAUUUGAUUCCUAUUGAGCCAAUCCUGACUUGAAUUAAAUAAAAUUUCUAAUAAGAACCUAGGGAAAUGCAAUUUUACUCUUUGGCACCAUAGACAAAUUCACAUAACUAUACCAUUCCGAACUGGGUUUCUUUCCCCCUCAACUGUACGAUUUUAUUGCCCCAAUAAUUAAUCACGCCUAUGAAAACUUUGGACCAAAAUCGUUGUGUCAGCAAACUUAUUGGCCGAAUAAAACAGAACCGAAAGAAAUCCGCAUAAAAUCGUCUUAAUACCUCGAGAUUCUUCAAUGAGAUGUUCCGUAACCCAAUGUGAUUUAACCGUAACUGUAAUGUAAUAGAACUUUUGACCAUUUUGGUGCCAUAUUUGAGUACAGCUCAAUUUUUAAAUCAUCUAUAAUGAAUUCAAAAGAUUAUUCAAGCUUUAAAAUGUAGCGGUAAUUUAGUAUUUUUUUAAUUUGUUCGUAUGAGGAAGGGUAACUGUUGAACAUUGUAUUUUACACCAGUAUUGUCUUAGAGCAAAAGAACUGAGAUAUUAUACUUUAACGGAUUGUGUAACUCUAUUAUGAGAGUAAAAUACGUAUUUUGGUUAUGUUGUGUCGAUAUAAUAAUUGCAAAAUUUUCCUUUUUUUAAUAUAAAUUGCCUUUUUUAAAAUCUGACCUGUCUUAGUGCACCAGUUUGCAAUACAACAGUUAAUACUCAAGAUUUACGUUCUCACACUGGUCGAAAUUAGGCAAUUAUUAUAGUUUGACAUUCAUUUUAUAUAAAUAGUUAUCUACAAAACUUACCUUCGUGAUAUUAAAAUAAUAAAUUAUAUCGUCAAGCAUAUUUGACUGAUUCUAGUAAAAUAAUAUAGAACAAUGUUGAAGUUUGCACUGCUGUUAGAAUGUUUAAAUAAGUCCAUGCAUUACAAACUAGAGCUUUGCAAGUCGCCAUUUAUUUUCAGAUUGUAUCACUUUUCUCUAUUAUAUGGAAAACGAAAACUCGUAGGUAUAAGGUAUACAGAAUGAGUCCGUUUACACUAGCAUGUUUGUCAUAUAGGUAAACUAUGUAGAGAUCAUUUUUACAGUACUUUUCCCAUAUCUCUUACAAUUUUGAUGAUAAAUCUAAAAGUUAUAAUGACGGAGGUCGCAACUUUCCAUUUCAGUUGGACUAAUUUCACGCACUCCUAGGACCGGUUUCGAGAUUAUUAGCCGUCAUCAUCAUUGUUCAUCAGUUCUCAGUUCAGAUUCCUUCUUCAAUUGGCAAACUUUCAUCUGUUGCAUUUUUUGUAACUACAACUGCUUUAGAGUAAUUUGUAAAGUCUCCGAAUUAACAUUUCGAAACAGUUUUAUUUCUAAGUGAAUUUUCAGUUUAGAUUUCACUUUCGCAAAAUGUUGAUAAACUGCUUUUUUAAAUAGUUGGGUUUUUUCAGAUACUUGAUCAAAUUACUCGACAACGGUUACAGAUACGAGCAAAUGUAAACGACGAAAAAGUUUCCAAAUUGAACACCGAGUCUACAUUGUUGUAAAAUCCUGGUCAAUUUAAAAAAGGGUUGAUCUCUGAAAAACAUCACUGUUCAUUAUUUUGACUGAAAGCUUGGAAAAUCUAAGGCAAAAUUUUAAAUAAAUCAUAGCAAAAUCGAGAAGAACUGUGAGACAAAUCCAUCAAAAUUUCAAACUCUAAAGUCACGAUGUGUCCCAAAAAAAUCCUUAGUGACAAAGAUAACUAAAAAAGUGCUCUGGUACAAUCUGACUCAUUCCUGUAUCAUUCGGACAUUUUCGGUAAAUUCUACCACGUUAUUUCGAUAGGUUUUCGAAUUAUCUGCAGUUCGUUUAGUUGAAACAAAUUGAGGACAAUCAAAAUGUAACCAAAAAUAGACUAGAAUUUCCUAGCUUGGCAUUGGUUACCUGACUAACAUUGAUUUGGUAGAAAAUCCGCAAUUUUCUCAUCAAAUUUCUCUAGAGAUAAAAUCUGAAAAUAACUAAAUGAAUGUUUAUGAACUUAAUAUUGAGAACUGCGAAGCCUACGGCUUAGUCCUUAAUGAAGUCCACUUAAGUCUUCAAGCCCGCGUUUAUAAGUAAAAUGCAUGUUUUUACGAAUGGAGAAAAUUCACCGACCAAUUGUAUUACAUUGAACGAAGUUUUGUAUAGAAGUAGUCGCUGUAACAUAAAUUUGUACCAUCACCUGUCGGUGUCAGGGCUGCAAAACAUUGAAACUUCGUCUCCCCGUGUAUAAACCAAAGCCUUGAUACUGACUUUAGAAGGUUUUUACCCCAUUUUCGUUCAUAGAUCUUAAAGUACCUUAACAUUCACAACCUGUUAAUAUUAAACGAGUCUAUUAAAUACUGAAAAUUUAAGAUGAUAUUGAAAGCUAAACUUUGAACAUUGUACAUAUGGAAUAUUAUUUGUUAAACAAUUGUGUGUAAAAAAAUUUUUGUUACUCUCGUGAAUGUUUUAAGUGUUUAUAUGUUAAUCGAUUCGUUUAGAGUACGUGUUUUUAGUUGUUACUUUUUCUAAGCGCCUUGCCCUCUUACUAUAUUGUAUAAUAAAAAAUUACUUAAUUAUAAAAAAGAACACAGUAAGUGUUCGUUUUUUUCUAAAUAAAAAAAACUGAGAAAGACCA